CCACUUUAUGGCCACAAACAGGCUUGGGUUUUUGGCCAGCUGAGCAGUGCGUGGCCAUAAUACAAACCCAAUCAAACUGAAAAAGGAGUCACCAUGGAAACUAUUUAGUUUUGUUGCCACAGCAAAUGCAGAAAAAUAUUUUAAAGAAAACCCCAGUGCAACUGCAACUAUAACUAUGUUUGUUUAUUUGAGCAAAAAGAUAGCCAUACCCAAUAAUGUCAAGCUCAACUGCAUUGCUUGGAACAAAGAGGAGGGCUACAUUGCAGUGGCCGGAACGGAUGGAUUGCUCAAAGUCCUUAAAUUGGAUCAGGCUGCAGGCAAUGGCCAGAGUAAAGGUGGCCUGGCCGCCGUCUCCAAUCUGUCCAUGAACCAGACCCUCGAUGGCCACAAGGAGUCGGUGAGGGUGGUGACCUGGAACGAUGCCCAGCAGAAGCUGACCUCCUCGGACACGGACGGGGUGAUCAUGGUGUGGAUGCUGUACAAGGGAUCCUGGUAUGAGGAGAUGACCAACGACAGGAAGAAGUCCACGGUGGCCAGCAUGAGUUGGACCUCGGAUGGCUCACGGAUCUGUAUUGUUUACGAGGACGGAGCGAUUAUAGUGGGUUCUGUGGAUGGCAAUCGCAUAUUUGGCAAGGAGCUCAAGGGAACCCAUCUCACCGGGGUGCAGUGGAGUCCGGACAACAGGCUCAUCCUGUUUGCUCUGGCCAAUGGGGAAUGCCAUCUGUACGAUAACCAAGGCAACUUUGCUAUGAAGCUGCACAUCCAGUGUGUGAGCAUAAGUGGUGGAUCCUCCUCCAGGGGUCAUCGCAUAGCCAGCAUCUGCUGGUUCAGUGGAAGAGUUCCCCAGAGUCGCAAGCGACCCGUUUUGGCCAUUUGUUAUGAGAUUGGACGGGUGCAGAUUAUGAGGAAUGAAAAUGAUGAUGCCCCCACAAUCUUCGACACUGGGAUGCGCAAUGUGGACGCCAAGUGGAACCACGAUGGCACAGUGCUGGCCAUCUGCGGAACCGCCCUGGACACGGUGACACCUCCCUCGCAAAGGGACUCCAACCAGGUGUGCUUCUACUCACCGCUGGGCAGGAUCUUCCGCACUUUGAAGGUCCCCGGAACCGACAUAACCUCACUCAGUUGGGAGGGAAAGUCACUGCGCAUAGCCAUGGCCGUGGACUCGUUCAUCUACUUCGCCAACAUCCGACCUGAUUACAUUUGGUGUUAUUUCGAGAAGACCGUGGUCUUCCUAAAUAGUGGAGGCAGUGCCUCCAGGGACUCGCCCAUGAAUGUGAUUACCUUCUGGAACACCGUGUCGAAUCAGAGUUUCCUCAAGGAGGUGGAGCCCACUCUGUGCCUGGCCUCCAGUAGCGAACACUGCGUCCUGGGAGUGGAGUGUGUUAGUAGCAACAUCAAGGAGAUUGCCCUGAGCACUUUGGAGAAUCGAAGCAAUCCGGCGGAUGAUAGAGUUUAUCAGUUACUGCUGUGCAACUCCAUUGGAACUACUGUGGAUUCCAAGUACACUGAUAUCAGACCCUGUUUUGUGGGCAUCAACUCGAGCUAUGUGGCCAUAGCUUCCCAGGAGGAGAUCCUCAUUUGGCACUACCACACACCCAAGAGUGCCUCCACGUUGCACAAUGUGAAGGCGCGCAAAGAGAAGCGAUUCCACAUAGACGACACUCCCACUGGAGUGGAAAUGGCCAAGGAUCUGAUGUUGAGCAGUAGCGAUGGUCACUCCACGCAGCGGGGAAUCAGUGAUCCCAUCUCUGCGCUGGCGCUCUCCGAGAAGUUGCUCCUGGUGGCCAGGGAAUCGGGAGCCAUCAACGAGUACAGCAUAGCCAAUGUGGCGCUGAGGAACCGCCACCUGAUGAACUCCAAGGUCUACAAGAUGGCCAUCAAUUGCAAUUCCACUCGUGCCGCCAUCAUCGACCACAUGGGCGUGAUGACCCUGCUCGAUCUGGACGACAACCGGGAGACCCAACUGAACUUCAGUCGGGUGGAGCGCAAGGACGUGUGGGCGGUGAGUUGGGCCAAGGACAACCCGCUGCUCCUGGCCCUGAUGGAGAAGACGCGCAUGUACAUCUUCCGAGGCAACGAUCCCGAGGAGCCCGUCUCCUGCUCCGGCUACAUCUGCACCUUCGAGGACCUGGAGAUCACCAGUGUCCUGCUGGACGACAUCAUCAGCGUGGGUGAGCUGCAGAACUCGUCGCAUCUUAUUCAGUUGCGAGUGAAGUCUCUCCGCGACACCGACGACCUCCUGGAGCAUGUGGGUUUGGAGGAUGCCAAGCAGUUCAUCGAGGACAAUCCGCAUCCGAGGCUCUGGCGAUUGUUGGCCGAGUCUGCCCUGAAGAAACUGGAACUGGAGACGGCGGAGAACGCCUUUGUGCGGUGUGCCCAUUAUCCGGGCAUUAAACUGGUCAAGAGACUGCGCACCAUCCACUCCAACGAGCUGCAACGGGCGGAGAUCUCGGCCUUCUACGGGGAGUUCGAGGAGGCGGAGAAGCUCUACCUGGACGCAGAUCGUCGGGAUCUGGCCAUAGAGCUGCGAAUGACCCUCUGCGACUGGUUCCGCGUGGUGCAGCUGUACAGGAUGGGUGGAUCCGGGGUGUCCGACCAGCAGAUGGAGAUUGCCUGGCGUGAGAUUGGCCACCACUUCGCCAAUCUCCGCUCGUGGGAGAGUGCCAGGGAGUAUUACGAGAAGUCCCACUUCCUGGAGGGCUACAUGGAGGCACUCUACCACCUGGAGCAGUUUGACGACUUGGAGAAGUGCGUGGACCGGCUGCCGGAGAAGAGUCCCCUGCUGCCGAAGCUGGCCGAGAUGCUGGCCUCCGUGGGCAUGUGUUCCGAGGCGGUGCAGGCUCACCUCCGUUUCGGUGACCAGAAGGCCGCCGUCGCCACGUGCGUGAAUCUCCGGCAGUGGGGCGAGGCCGUGGAACUGGCCCAGCGGUUCCAGCUGCCCCAGGUGCAAGCCCUGAUUGCCAAGCAUGCGGCCCAGUUGCUCCAAGAGGGACGCCUCAAGGAGGCCAUCGAGAUGCAGCGCAAUGCCGGGCGCCACCUGGAUGCAGCUCGUCUGCUCUCCCAAAUGGCGGAACGGGAGCAGGAGAAGCGGGCUCCCCUGCUGAGGAUCAAGAAACUAUAUGUUCUGGCUGCUCUGCUGGCAGAGGAGCACCUCAAGGCGGUGGCCACUCCAGAGAUCGACUACGCCAGCGGUAGGAACACGCUGCUGGAUUCCAUUGCCCUGGAGGAUGCGGCGGCCAUUGAAAGACUAUGGCACUGCUCCGAGGCCUACCACUUUAUGCUCCUCGCUCAAAGGCAACUGCGCUUCGGGAUCAUCCACAGUGCAGUGAUCACAGCGACUAGGCUGCGGGACUACGAGGAUGUACUGCCUCCGGAGCACAUCUACUCCUUGUUGGCCCUGGCCAGCUGUGCGGAUCGGGCUUUCGGCACCUGCUCCAAGGCCUUUAUGAAGCUUGAGCAACUGGGUCACCUGCCGGAGGUUACUCUGCAGAAGUAUGAGGAACUGGCCGCAGGGAUCUUCGCCAAGUACGAUCCGGAGGAUGCCGCUGGCGAGAGGGUGGAUUGCUAUUCCUGCGGAGUACCAGUCCCAGACAGCUCACCCUCUUGCCCAGAGUGCAAUGCCCGUUUCCCGGCCUGCAUUUCAUCCGGGAAACCCAUCACCCAGCCCACCAACAACAUAUGGAUAUGCACCACCUGCCACCACUGUGCUGCCCCCACGGAGAUCUCAAGGCAUCGCACCUGCCCCCUGUGCCACAGUUUGAUUGUGUCCAUGACAGUGGAGAUCUGAAAAAACCGAGGAUCAUCUCACACAGAAGAAAGCUAGAGUGGGAGUACUACAAUCCCAUUUAAAAUAAGUUUUUGUAAAAUAACCGAUCUCUAGUGAUAUGCAGUUAAUGAUUUUCGGAAAUAAAAAUAUCAACUAUUUUAAGAAUGUAUGGCCAGUUAGAUUAUUUGAAUUUAUUGAAGCAUAUGAAUAAAGGCAACCACAUAAACAUUAGGCAAUGGCUCAGAUUUAAAAAAGA